GAAAUCGAGAAAGAAAGAAAAGAAAGACAGAGAAAGAGGGAAGAAGAGUUUUAUUUUGUUAAGAGGGGUGGAGGCCAGAUUUCUAGGCACCGAUUUCCCCCCUCUUCCCUCCUCCCUCCUCCCUCCUUCCACUCUCCUUUCCCUUUUUUUCCCCUCUUCCUUCCUCUCUAAACCCACUACCCACUUCCUUCCCCGUAGAGGUGCAAAUCCAAUCCAGCCUUUUCCUUCUUUCCUUCUUUCCUUUGCUCUUCUUGUUUCUUCCCUCUUCUCCUUCUCUCUCUCUCUCUUUUCUUCUUCUCUUGAAUCAUCUGUUUGAAUUUUACUCGGGUUGUUUUUGUUGUAUUUCUCCUGUGUCUUCUUGCCGAGGCCAUGCGGAGAGGGAGAGGAACCACGGCGGCAACGGCAGCUGCGGCGAACAUCGCAUCAGGAUCGGGAUCAAGGAACCUCACGAAAGAGAUCAGAUUUAGAGGUGUACGGAAGAGACCUUGGGGUAGAUUCGCUGCCGAGAUUAGGGACCCUUUGAAGAAAACUCGUGUAUGGCUUGGCACUUUCGAUUCCGCUGAAGACGCCGCUCGAGCCUACGACGCCGCCGCCCGGAACCUCCGUGGCCCCAAGGCCAAGACCAAUUUCCCGCUAUCCUCUACUCCCUCGUAUCCUCAGCACCACCACCAGCAUCAGCAUCAUUAUCAUCAUCUGGGUUUCCAACAAAGCCCUAACGAUCCCCAUUACAACCCCCAAUUGCACCCCCACCAACAUCAUCAGCCUCAGAGACCCACCUCCAGCAGUCUUAGCAGCACCGUCGAGUCCUUCAGCGGCCCUAGGCUCUCCUCUGCGGGGCCCGUGGUUCAGUCCUCUGUUGCACCCGGGCGCCACCGUCGGCAACACCACCCUCCGCCCCCGCCUGUCCUUCCGGAUGAUUGCCACAGCGAUUGUGACUCGUCUUCUUCGGUUAUAGAUGAUGGGGAUAUCGUCUCGUCGUCGUUCCGUAAACCGUUGCCGUUCGACCUCAAUCUCCCUCCAUUGGAUGAAGUCGACUUCGCGGGUGAUGAUUUCCAGAGCACGGUCUUAUGCCUCUGAUGCCAACCUUGGCUUUGAUUUUUUUUUUCUCUUUCCCUUUUUUUUACCUUUCAUUCGGAAAGAAGAAGAUAAGCUAGGAUGAUAAUCGUAUUUCUUCCAUGAAUUGCUCGUUUGCUUUUGAGGGUUGAGGAGAGUUGGGGUUUUUUUCUUUUUCUUUUCCGGUUUCUGUUAGAUUAUUAUAUGUGGAUUAGUGUAUGUUCUUAUGCGAUCUGGGGGUUUCUUCAACUACAUGGGCUUAAUAAUCUAGUCUAUCUUGUUGAAGUUAUAAAGAUCGUACCAGAGGAUCGGGUCUAGGUUGGGUUUUCUUCCUCCUGAUCUGAUGAUACCUCUCACCACCAUCCCUUCCCCCCACCCCCAACUUUUCUUUCUGUACAAAGAUAUCUAAUUCAAUGAUCAAGAAAGAGAAUUAAGAGCUAUAUUCUGUGCCUCUUUUUUGCUCUUCUGUUCUUUC